AUGGCCGCGCCCGACCAUAAAACACCCGUACACCUUCUUCUGGAACUCCCCAACGAACUGUUCAAUGAUAUACUCGACAGGCUUCCGAACCGGGAUAUAAAGAGCCUGCGCCUAACAUGUCGUUAUCUCGGCAGCCGAGUACCUUUACGACUUGACCGCGUUUUCAUCUCGGCAAAUCCACUCAAUGUCAAAGUCUUUCUCGCUGUCGCUAGUCAUGAGGUUUUCCGUCGGCAAGUCAAGGAGAUCAUCUGGGACGACGCUACCUUUUUCCCUGUUCUAACACAAGAUGACUAUGAUACCGACCUUGGCUACACAUCCGAUGAGAAUGAAAUUCACAAAAAUCCCAAGACAUAUCAGUUUAAAGGGAAGAUCUCGGGUCGGUUCGUGCGAAAAUGCAAAGAAGAAAUUUACAAUGUAAAGUCCCGACUGAUAGACAAGGGCCGAGAUAAUGAGCAGCAAAGGCAACUCGACAAUCUAAUGCCUACACGAGAAGCGUUUGCUUAUUACAACCGCCUUGUUCAGCAGCAAGACAAUGUCAUCGAGUCUGGCGCCGACGAGCAAGCUUUCAGAUAUGUUCUACAGGAAUCACGAUUUCCACAUCUAGAGAAAGUCACUGUCACUCCCGCAACACACGGCUUUUUGUUCUUUCCACUCUACGACACUCCCAUGAUUCGGGCAUUCCCCUACGGCUUUGUGUAUCCCAUCCCGGGAGGGUGGAAUUGUGCUGGCGAUGUUAACAGCGUGGUGCCACAGCCUGCGGAGUCAUGGAACGAUGAGGCGGGAAAAAGAAAAUGGCGGGGAUUUUGCAUCGUGUCGCGGCUCCUUGCAGACCCAAAGAUCCCUCAUAACAUUUCUCAGCUUUCCAUCGAUAACCAUAAGCUUGGCGCAGGGAUCAAUGGUCUUGUUUUCGACCAGUUUACCGAGGAGUAUAAUAAUCUCUGCCGGACGCUUGAGCGUCCGGGGCUCAAAAGCUUUACAUUAUCUCUACUUAUGGAAUCAGAUUGGGAUGCCGCUAAUCGGAACUUCCUCAAGAAAGGGAGACUGCGCAGUCUGAUCGCCGGAGCACAUGCCCUCGAAGAAAUAACCUUACAAAGCGACUAUACGAUAAAUAUGUUUUGGAACGCUCCGGCAGUAGACUCCCUUUUCGACAUAUUUCCUAUUGACCAGUGGUCGACUGUGGGUAGACUCAGGCACUUUGGCCUCUCUGGGAUACAGGUAAAGCAGGAUGAUCUGAUAUCUCUCCUUGGGAAACUACAGCCUACACUCCAAUCCAUUGAACUAAGUUUUCUCUCCGUUAUAGAGGGAACAGGUGGUUACGCUGGGAUCCUCGCCGAUAUCCGUGAUAAAUUGGGCUGGAGACAUCGCCCUAUCGACAAAAGGAUCAGAGUACGUUUUCUCGUGAGUGAUAAUCAGACAAACACCGGACGCUAUUCAUGUUUCGACAAGGGAGUCAACGAUUAUAUCUACGGUGAUGGCCCCCCGCCAUUUGAUGUUGAUGGAAUUGGUGGUGGGUUCCGCAUGGCUGAAUUUGGGUCUGUCAUGGAGUAUGAUGAGUUCGAUCCGGACUUCGCUCGACCCUACUUGUAG